AUGGCGGGAACUAAGGAGCCGCGACCCAGCGAGCGCGCCCGCGACCGCGCCCACUCGCGCGCAUCCACCUACUAUGACGUCCUGAAAGGGGUCUUGAAACCUGCUCAGUGGACUAGCUAUGUCACCACAGAAAGUGGGGAAGAAUGGAGAGGCUUCAUUCUCACAAUAACAGAGCUGUCAGUUCCCCUACAUGUGUCACUCCUUCCUGGGCAAGUAAUUAGACUUCAUGAAGUCUGAGAAAAGAAAAGGAGAAUUGAGACAGAGCGGACACCAAGUUCAUUUCCGGAAAAAGGGAAGGAACCAAUUGAAGAUUAUGUGGAUGUAUUGAACCCUAUGCCAGCAUGUUUUUAUACAGUCCGGAAAGAAGCAACAGAGAUGCUUGAGAAGAACACUUCCUUGGGAAAUAUGAUCCUGGGGCCUGGUAGUGACAGCAGAAACUAUUCUAUCACCAUCCAGCAGGAGAUUAGCCUGCCAAGAAUCAAGCACUACAAAGUGAUGAGUGUAGGAAAAAACUACACUAUUGAAUUGGAAAAACCUAUAAGUAACUAUUUCCUUUUUGUAACACUCCCAAAUCUUUUCAGCGUCAUUGAUUAUUUUGCGAAGGAGACUCAAGGAAAUUUACGACCAUUUAUAUAUUGAACUGAUGAAACCCUUGAGAUGAAAGGAUUUCCUAUAACAUCUCUAAAAUAA